AUGAAAGCAUCAUUGUUAGUUGGUGUCAUCCUGGCGACGGUGUUCUUCCUCAACGUUUCCGCCAGCAACAGCAGCUCCUCCGAGGAAGGGUUCGACUCUCCAGUUGGUUACGUCCUGACUCGAUCUAAAACUAAAUCUCGCAGAUCCCAGGCCUGUCGGCGAAAUGUCCAGAGGAAUUGCUCAUCCACCACGAAGACCUGCGCUCGCCUGGGAAGGGCCAACAUCUGCCAAGCUUUCAAGAACGACUGUCAGCGGAAACUGAGCAACUGUGGCUCCAAAAAGUUCUAUCGCAAAGUUGACGUGUCCCUCUGUCGUGGAUUGCCCAUCGAUGUCGUGCGUCCCUGCGGAAGUGGUUGA